AUGUACUACUCUGUUCUCGAUGAUGAUUCAGAGAGGAUCCUUUUGAGCCCUGCAAUGUUCAGUGGAUAUGCAAUUUCGGAGAGGAUCUUUUUGAUCCCUGCAAUUUUCAUGGGACAAGAGUCAACUGGAAUACGGAUAUAUACCGCUGCCACAUUUCAAAGUAACUCUCCGAAAUGGACCAAUGCAAGUCUUAAAAUCCCUGUCCCUAAACCCCGCUCUUUGAAAAAACAAACUAAGCCUAAAUCUUCACCUUCUUCCCCUCCCACCAAAAUUGCUACUCAUAAUCCUUAUGAUGUGUUAGCACUCCCCCCUAGUAGCCCUCUCCUCCCUAACCCUCCUGUUUCGUCGCCUUUACCUAAUCCUCAUCCUAAUCCUCAACCUCAUCCUCCCUCCUCUUCAUCUCAAACUGACCCUAUUUCUUAUAUGGUUAUUGACUCACCAUCCCUAAACAUUCAAGCUAAUUCCACUGGAGAAAAUCCUCCACCCUCCGGAGGACCUCCUCUAAGUCAGUAA